AUGGAUGAUCCCAAUGCUGAUACCGAGUGGAAUGAUGUUCUACGCAAAAAGGGUAUCCUUCCUCCUAAGGAGAAAUCCGAGUAUGAAAUUACUGAGGAAAAACUGGAAGAGAUGUUGAUCGAG